UCCCCGCUGAUAUGUUUCCUAGACUAUGGGAAACUCCUAUAUCGGGCAGCAGCAAUAUAGGAAGAUGCUGAAAGGCAUCAUCUCAGACUGUAUGGUGGGAGGCAAUGGUAAACCCCUCCUGUAUUCUACCAAAGACAACCACAAGGCUCUGUGGGCGCCAGGAGUCGACACCGACCCGACGGCACACUUUACCUUUACCUUACCAGCCAAAGCAGCCUGAAGACCAGAAAAGAUUGGAAAGGAAACACUCUACCCUUCUUGUCUUGACACUUCAAAGGUGGUUUGUCUCCUAAUCGUGGCCAGCACAGAGCAAGGCAGACACUUGAACCAGCACCUGACUGGCGGAGGAAGGGUUUGCAGUGGCAGCUCGGAUCAUACCCCUGGUUGCUGGAGACAAGCUGUCCUGAGGAGUGUACUAUAUGGCCAAUUGAUGCUGAUGAUAAUGUACCAAAUGGCAUCUUACAAUUAAAGCACUAAUGAAAUUAGUGAAAUUUCAAGCACUAGGCCUGAAACUAGACGGAAGUAAUUGACUGCAUAGAGGAUGCCCCACACUUCAGUUGCAUCCCCAGGAAGAGAUCUGCUCCUUGACCCUCCAGCUGAUCAUCCACAGUCACUGGGAACAGCAGAAACAAUGAAUGAGGAGAACCCUGAGGACCUGGAGAAGCAGCAGCAACCAGGAAGCUCCCAGAAUCCCCAGCAUAAAGUGGUGGCUGAGGAGAAGCAGCCACAGAAGGUAUCACAGGGGAACUUGGACAAUGUCCUGCCACGAAGGAGAUCCUUGAGGGCUGGCGCCGUUGUUUGCAGUGACUGUGGGAAAAACUUUGCUAAACUGUCCGAGUUCAUCAAACACCAGAGAAUUCACACAGGGGAGAAGCCUUACCGGUGCUCGGACUGCCAGAAGAGCUUCAGCAACAGCUCUAACCUGAUCAGGCACCAGAGGAUCCACACAGGGGCCAGGCCCUAUCAAUGCACUGAGUGCGGGAAAAGCUUCCGAAACAAGGAACACCUUACCCGCCACCAGCGAGCCCACAGUGGAGAGAAACCUUACAAGUGUGCCCAUUGUGGGGCCAGCUAUAGCAACAAGACUAACCUGACACGGCACGAAAGUGAACAUACGGGGGACAUGCCCUACAAAUGCCAGGAGUGUGAGGAGCAAUUUGGGGAGUCCGUGUCCCUCUUGAGUCACCUGGAGAAGCACUUGGGAGAGAAACCCUACACUUGCGGGGAGUGCGGGAAAGGGUUCCGACGUGGGUCGUCCCUGGCAGAACACUACCGUGUCCAUUCUGGCGAGAGACCCUUUGGGUGCACUGAGUGUGGGAAGCAUUUCAGCCAGCGAUCUUCACUCAUGCUCCACCAGCGGACCCACACAGGGGAAAAACCAUAUGCUUGUGGUGACUGUGGGCGGAGCUUCAGCAUCAGCUCCGCCCUCAUCACCCACCAGCGACUGCACACUGGAGAGAAGCCCUUCAAGUGUCCUGACUGUGAGAAACGGUUCAGUGAUCGCAAAGCCCUAAAGAGACAUCAGAGAAUCCACACAGGUGAGAAGCCUUACCAGUGCCUUGAGUGUGGGAAACGCUUCAGCCAGAGUUCUGCCCUCAUCACACACCAGCGACUUCACACUGGAGAGACGCCUUACGCAUGCUCAGGCUGUGGGAAGAAAUUUAGUGACCUCUCUGCCCUGAAGCGCCAUGAGAUGAUUCACACAGGCGAGAGGCCCUACAGCUGCUCCCACUGCAGAAAAGCCUUCAAGCACCGCUCAGCCCUCACACAACACCUGCGCAUCCACACUGGAGAGAAGCCAUAUGUCUGUCCUGAGUGUGGAAAGGGAUUCAGCCAGAGGUCCACGCUCAUCCAGCACCAGAGAGUCCACAAUGGGGAGCAUCCUUACACUUGCCCACAGUGUGGCCACUGCUUCAGCCAGGGAUCUGCCUUAACACAGCACCAGCGGACACACAGGGUCAAACACAGUGACAACGCUGUGAUCUUGCCCUGUGGGGUGAGAAUCUAUAGGGACCCUUUUGUCCAACCACAGGAUCUAGAAGAAGAGCACGACAUGACAGUCAUCUCCCCAGAGAUAUGGGGUACCAAUUUAGGCCUCCAGAUUAAAGAGGAACCAGAAUCAGAGGCGUAUGGUGACCUAGCAUAAGGACGGGUUGAAAGGCUUCCUAACGUAACAGUGUUUUUCUCAGAAACUAGCAUUUGCCUCUCUUUCAGGAGGUUUUCAAAGUGAACUAAAGCAUGAAGCCACCCACACACCUUACACUCGUGUGGGGAAGUGGGUAGAGUGCCAGAUUUAGUGUGAGAGGACCAGUGUUCAAAUCCUGCCUAUCCUGAAGCUUACUGUCACACUCUCUCGGCUUAACCUACCCCAUAGGAUUGUUCUGAAAAUAAAAACAUGGCGUCAUGGGAUAUACAUUUAAAUAAAUUAAUAAACCCAGGCACCCUGUAGGAAGCUUUAGCUAGGGCUGCCCCCUUUUCCCCUGACAGAGGCUGUGUGCUUCAUGGUAGGCAGGAAUUGAACAAUGCAACCUCUAUUCAUUUGCUUACUGUACAUCACCUUUCCACAAGAUGCUGCAGGUGAUUCAUGAUAAAAUAUUUCUGAAAGGCCAUUGGCUUGGAUCCAAAUGCUAGCAGCAAGCUGUUUCAAUUCACAGAAGGGCUCUUGCUUUUCUUCUUGGUUAUUUCUUUAUUCAUUAAAGUACAAAACUGACAAAAGGAAGCACACACACAAAAAGAUCAUUGAAAAAGUUACAUUACUACUAACAAGUAUUUUGUCAUAUUUUAUCUGGGCUUUGUUGCAUUCCAGUACUGUAUAAAUAAAAUCCAGUUUAUUGGAAAGAG